GGGACUCCUAGCAGGGACUUUGGAGUGACUUGUGGCUUCAGCAGGAGCCCUGUUAUCUGGCUCUUCUGAUCUUGCCCUGCGAUGCUGUCUUUGCCUCGGCUGUGCGCGCUCUGGGGCUGCUUGUUGACAGCGGUCCAUCUGGGGCAGUGUCUUAUGUGCAGUGACAAACAGUACCUCCAUGAUGGCCAGUGCUGCGAUUUGUGCCAGCCGGGAAGCCGACUGACAAGCCACUGCACAGCUUUUGAGAAGACCCAAUGCCACCCAUGUGACUCAGGCGAAUUCUCAGCUCAGUGGAACAGGGAGAUCCGCUGUCACCAGCACAGACACUGCGAACCCAAUCAAGGGCUUCGGGUUAAGAAGGAGGGCACCUCAGAAUCAGACACUGUCUGUGCCUGUAAGGAAGGCCAACACUGCACCAGCAAGGAUUGUGAGGCAUGUGCUCAGCACACGCCCUGUAUCCCUGGCUUUGGAGUUAUAGAGAUGGCCACCGAGACCAAUGAUACCGUCUGUCAUCCCUGCCCAGUCGGCUUCUUCUCCAAUCAGUCAUCACUUUUCGAAAAGUGUCAUCCUUGGACAAGCUGUGAAGAUAAGAACUUGGAGGUCCUACAGAAAGGAACGAGUCAGACUAAUGUCAUCUGUGGUUUAAAGUCCCGGAUGCGAGCCCUGCUGGUCAUUCCCGUCGUGAUGGGCAUCCUCAUCACCAUUUUCGGGGUGUUUCUCUAUAUCAAAAAGGUGGUCAAGAAACCAAAGGAUAAUGAGAUCUUACCCCCUGCGGCUGUACGGCAAGAUCCCGUGGAGAUAGAAGAUUAUCCCGGUCAUAACACCGCUGCUCCAGUGCAGGAGACGCUGCACGGGUGUCAGCCUGUCACACAGGAGGAUGGUAAAGAGAGUCGCAUCUCAGUGCAGGAGCGGCAGCUGACAGACAGCAUAGCCUUGAGACCCCUGGUCUGAACUCUGGAACCGCUUUGGAGGCGAUGGCGAUGGCGAUGGCUCGGGAGCAGGGGCCUGGUUCUGAGGACUGCUUGCUAACCUUUGAAGUUUGAGAUGAGCCAAGACAGAGCCCAGUGCAGCUAACUCUCAUGCCUGCCCCGUAUCAUUUCUCAACUUGCUUUUUAAGGAUGGAGGGAAAGCUCGGGCAUCGGGGGUCCACAGUGAUACCUACCAAGUGCAGCAGUGCAGGACCCAGAGACGUCUUGCUGUGGCUUACACUGUAAGGAGUUAUGGACACAGGAGUCCGUGGCCCGCAGCUUAUGCUGCUAGAGGGCACCUGGUUGCCCAUCAGCAGGGCACUGGCUAAAUAAAUCUGUAAUUAUUUAUACAAUGGCAUCUCAGAAACUCUAGCAGGUGGGGCAGAAAACAGGUAGUGGAAUGAUGGGUAGAGAAACAGCUUUUAAAACACAUUCCAAGGCAGGUAAGAUGGCUUUUGUGGGUAAAGGAGCUUGCUGCCCAAACCUGAUUACCUGAUUUUGAUCCCUGGGACUUCAUGGGAGAGGACCAAAUCCAGAGGGUUGUCAUUUGACUUCCAUGUGUGCUCUGUGGUACAUGUACCCCGUGUGUGCACAUGUGCACAUAUCCUAAGAUGGAUGUGGCGGUGUAUUGUAGAAAUUAUUUAAUCCCGCCCUGGGGUUUCUACCUGUGUGUUACCAUUUAGUUCUUGGAUAAAAGACACACUCAACCUUUAUAUUUACAAUAA